AGUAAGCUCCCCGCUGCGCCCGUCCCCGGCUCGUCCAGAGCCUCCCACCCCCUGCCGCCUUCCUUCCCCAAGCCACCCCCAACCUCUCCUAAGAGGCGCCGCCCCAGUCCCGGCCGCCGCUCACUCCGUCGCCCAGCAUUCCCCUCCCCCGCCGCCCCCACCCGCCCCCCCCAGCUGACGCCACAAAGCCCCUCGGCCGCCGGACCCCACGCCCUCACGCCCCGGGCCGGGCCGCGGCCCCCUGGGCUUCGUGGGGGCAGACCCAGCCUUUCUCGGCAGCGAGCGCUCGGCCAGGUGCGCUAGGCGCUGUGCGGGGCACCCCCCGCGGUGAGUACCCGCCCCCCGCCUAGGCCACCCUCCUGUGGCGCCUGGGCCACGACCUAAGCCUAACCCGGUCGUCCUCGCCCUCCAACGCCCGGCCUUCCCGCCUCCGCCGGCCGCCGCGUCCCUGGAGGGGCUAGCGCGCUUCAACAAGGAGCCAUGGAGGCUGUGGAACUCGCCAGAAAGCUGCAGGAGGAAGCUACGUGCUCCAUCUGUCUGGAUUACUUCACAGACCCUGUGAUGACCGCCUGUGGCCACAACUUCUGCCGAGCAUGCAUCCAGCUGAGCUGGGAGAAGGCGCGGGGCAAGAAGGGGAGGCGGAAGCGGAAGGGCUCCUUCCCCUGCCCCGAGUGCAGAGAGAUGUCCCCGCAGAGGAACCUGCUGCCUAACCGGCUGCUGACCAAGGUGGCCGAGAUGGCGCGGCAGCAUCCUGGCCUGCAGAAGCAAGACCUGUGCCAGGAGCACCACGAGCCCCUCAAGCUUUUCUGCCAGGAGGACCAGAGCCCCAUCUGUGUGGUGUGCAGGGAGUCCCGGGAGCACCGGCUGCACAGGGUGCUGCCCGCGGAGGACGCAGUGCAGGGGUACAAGUUGAAGCUGGAGGAGGACAUGGAGUACCUUCGGGAGCAGAUCACCAGGACAGGGAAUCUGCAGGCCAGGGAGGAGCAGAGCUUAGCCGAGUGGCAGGGCAAGGUGAAGGAGCAGAGAGAACGCAUUGUGCUGGAGUUUGAGAAGAUGAACCUCUAUCUGGUGGAAGAAGAGCAGAGGCUCCUCCAGGCUCUGGAGAGGGAAGAAGAGGAGAUCGCUAGCAGGCUCCGGGAGAGCGUGGCCUGCCUGGACCGGCAGGGCCACUCCCUGGAGCUGCUGCUGCUGCAGCUGGAGGAGCGGAGCACACAGGGACCCCUCCAGAUGCUGCAGGACAUGAAGGAACCCCUGAGCAGGAAGAACAACGUGAGUGUGCAGUGCCCAGAGGUUGCCCCCCCAACCAGACCCAGGACUGUGUGCAGAGUUCCCGGACAGAUUGAAGUGCUAAGAGGCUUUCUAGAGGAUGUGGUGCCUGAUGCCACCUCCGCAUACCCUUACCUCCUCCUGUAUGAGAGCCGCCAGAGGCGCUACCUCGGCUCUUCACCGGAGGGCAGUGGGUUCUGCAGCAAGGACCGAUUUGUGGCUUACCCCUGUGCUGUGGGCCAGACGACCUUCUCCUCUGGGAGGCACUACUGGGAGGUGGGCAUGAACAUCACUGGGGACGCGCUGUGGGCCCUCGGUGUGUGCAGAGAUAAUGUGAGCCGGAAAGACAGGGUCCCCAAGUGCCCCGAAAACGGCUUCUGGGUGGUGCAGCUGUCCAAGGGGACCAAGUACUUAUCCCCCUUCUCUGCCCUGACCCCGGUCAUGCUGAUGGAGCCUCCCAGCCACGUGGGUGUCUUCCUGGACUUCGAGGCCGGGGAGGUGUCCUUCUACAGCGUAAGCGAUGGGUCUCACCUGCACACCUACUCCCAGGCCACCUUCCCGGGCCCCCUGCAGCCUUUCUUCUGCCUGGGGGCUCCGAAGUCUGGUCAGAUGGUCAUCUCCACAGUGACCAUGUGGGUGAAAGGAUAGACACAGGCCGGGGGACUCGGGCACUGCCCCUGGCUCUGCAGAAGGUAUGGGCCUUCUGCUUACUGCAGCCCACCUGCCAGGGUUCUCUGGCAUCACGCUGGCAGCCAUUAGACACACAGGGGGGUUUCUCAAAGUCUAAAUAUAAUUGUGAUUAGAACUGUCAAACAUUAAGAGGGUAUACUGACAGAUGCUUCCUAGAGGAAACUUUUGAAAGCCCCUGCGUUCUGAGUGGACCGAUUUCUAAAUCCAUACCUACACACCAGGAACAGCGUGGUCACCUUUUCUUUAGCCAUGCCCCCACCCCCACUUUGGAAUGACAGGAAUCUGUGGCUCCCAGCCCCCCCAGAGGUUUAGGUUACUCUGUCAAAGAAGUAGAAAUAUCCUAUGGUGGGGAGGAGCGGGGGUGGUUAGGUUGCUGUGUCAGGGAUGGUCCCAGGUUGCCCAUAGAAAUGUCCUAUGCAUCCUAUUGGGUCCUUCGAAGGGGGAAAAUGGGAAAGGCUGAACCCCUAAAAAGCCUCAGAGCUGCCCACCCCCAUCCCGUUCGACCCCCAAAGUUGCACGAGCAGGGGCAAAAUCCCUAAGAGGUUAGGAUUUAUGUAGGGGCCUCCUUUCCACAGCGCCCUUACCUUUUCCAAGGAACCCCCCCACCGACCCCUACAGGGUCAAGCACUUUAACAGCCUGUGUCAGUCACUAGCGCGGCAGAAUUCCAGAGUCAGCGUACUCCUACCUAGACAAAGCCGGAGUGUCUACGCGAGGGGCUGCCUGGAACAGCGUGCCCCUUUGGAGUGGUUCCCGCAGAGAGAAUGUGGGCCUCCUGGAGAGCUGGUCCUGGAGGGAUGCCCCCGUCCCGUCCCCCAACUCCAAUCAUUCUGACCUUGGCCUGCCAAGGCUGUGAGGGCCGGGCCUUCCGAGGAUACCCGCCCUGGGAAGCACGGGCUGAGGGGGUGAGGACGCACUAGGGGUAUGGCGAGGGGCUCCAAUGCCCCAGGCUGCGGGCUCCCUUAGUCCUUGCAGUUGCUUCCGUGUGCCCCGCCCUAAGUCCCCAUUCCUCCUUGCCCUGCCCCCAGUUCCAUCCCUCCCCUGCGCCCCGCCCCCGUCCCCAUCCCUCCCCUGCGCCGGAGUCCUCCCCAGGGCAGGGGUAAAAGACCUGGCUACACGAACCCGAGCGGUGGGGACGCCAGGUCAGCAAGUGAAAGCUCUCCAAUUCCGUCCCGCCCGCGGGCCGCGUGACUGGCAGCGGCCAAUCGGAGGCAAAAGCGGGUUGUUCCAAAUAAAAAAAAAAAAACACAAAACCCACCCAGUCGCUUCCUGCUUCCGCCUUGGCUCCUCUUCCUGCCGGCAUCCGGGAUCCCUACGUCCCGCGUCCCCCGAGCGCCCGGAGCCUACGCGCCCAGCGCUACCGAAACUCAGAGUCCUGCGCCCUGGAGUCCCCGCGCCCCGGAGCCCGAGCACCCGGGAGUCCCGAGCCUGCGCCACCGCACCCGGAUACCCCUCGUCCCCGCGAGCUCCCGAGUCCGCCCGCCGCCGCCCCGCGGACAGUACCGCCUUCCUCCCCUUGGUCCGCGCCAUGGCCGCCCCCGACCUGUCCACCAACCUCCAGGAGGAGGCCACCUGCGCCAUCUGCCUCGACUACUUCACGGAUCCGGUGAUGACCGACUGCGGCCACAACUUCUGCCGCGAGUGCAUCCGGCGCUGCUGGGGCCAGCCCGAGGGCCCGUACGCGUGCCCCGAGUGCCGCGAGCUGUCCCCGCAGAGGAACCUGCGGCCCAACCGCCCGCUUGCUAAGAUGGCCGAGAUGGCGCGGCGCCUGCACCCGCCGUCGCCGGUCCCGCAGGGCGUGUGCCCCGCGCACCGCGAGCCACCACUGGCCGCCUUCUGUGGGGACGAGCUGCGCCUCCUGUGUGCGGCCUGCGAGCGCUCCGGGGAGCACUGGGCGCACCGCGUGCGGCCGCUGCAGGACGCGGCUGAAGACCUCAAGGUGCGCUUGGGCGGGGGUGGCGCGCAGGGGCGUCGGGGAGCCGGGGACUGGGGAGGCCUGGGCGGGUGGGAGGUUUGGGGGACUGCUCCGGGAGUAAUCUGUCUCUGUCUAGGGCGGGGAGCUCAGGAUGCAGCCUGCCGUGGGCCUGUGAGGGGGGUGUCGCGCAGGGUGGCUGUGGGGGCUCAUGACACAGCCUGUUUCAACCAGGCCCCUUGAGGCUGGGGCCAUGGCCGCCAAUGAGACCCUGCUCUCGGGGGUGAGGGGCGUACCUCCUAUAGAUAGAGGCUAAGAGAGGAAGGUGGAAGGUGGUGGAGUGGGGGCAAGGAAAAUGUGGCCAUACACUGGCCAGAAAGGAGCCGGAAUCAGAGGAGAGUGGGAGAACCUCAGAGGUGGCCGAUCCUAGAUGGACUCCCUGCAGGGACUGUGUUAGCAGGUCAGUACUUAAGUCCUGGGAAAGCCCCAGACUGGACAGGAUGAGGGGGACACAGUCGUUUCCUCUCUAACCUCCCCUCCAGGGCUGCCCUGCAUUUCUGGGUGGGAUACUGGGAGCCAUCUCUGCCAUCUGAAAUGCCAGGGCUCAGCCCGCCUUUUCUCCCCUUGUCUUGCUGCUUAAAACCCAAACAAACCCCGAGCUGAAGGGCCUGGGGCACACGUUCCCUGGCCUGCGCCCCCUCCCGCUGUCCUCUUUCCUCGCUGACCUGCUGCAGGUGUGCUCCUGGGAGCCCAUGUGUGGGGCAGAUGGCAGCAUCUUUGGAGCUUGCUUGAUUGCACUUUGUGUGUUGCAUCAUGGUCACUUGUGUGUGCCAGAUGAGCAGUUAAGCCAGUGUUAGAAUCAGUACUGAGCUUGCUCUGUCCCUAUCACAGAGCAAACUUCUGGGAUACUAGAAUAAAUCUGAAUCUGUCCCCUUCUGCUUUGGAUUUUAGCAGAAAGGCGGUUUAGAGCCAUAUCCGUGGGCUUGUUCAGACACAGAUUCAUUUGGGUUUUCUUUUCUUUCUUUGCCCAUGCAGGAAUGUCAACACCUCAAACAUGUUAGCCCAGCAGAAUUACCCUUCUGACACCAAUUACCCCAAUGGGUGCAGAGAGUGCCCAGUAGCUCUAUAGAGUUGACCCGAUAUAGUUUCAUGGGAUAGCACUUAACCCUUUCUUUUGCAGGUGAAGAAAAAAAUUUCCCUCUACCCUGUUAGAUUCAGUGGCUGGGGGCUGCAAAUUAAACUGGCACAAGACAAAUGAAUAGGAAAAAAAAUCAUACAAUUUGAUUAAUAUUUUAAGUUUCACAUGCACAAGAACUUCAUAGAAAAGCGUAUUUCAGCAAACGUUUGUGAAUUGUGGAGAAGUGACUGGAUACAGAAAUGGGAUUAGGCGUCUAGGACUGAUAAAUUGUGGGAAAGUGACUAGGAAAUAGAUGGGAAGAAUUAACACAAGAUAAUGGUCAUUGUAGUAAGGUCUGUUUAGGCGAAUCAUCUCCCGGGAUUAGAGUGCCCUCCUCUUCCUGGUAGAGGGAGGGUGCCUUUCUCAUGGGGAAUGAGUACCCUACUUUUAGGCAGAUAGGAGUACAGAGAGCUCUUCCUGCAUCUGCUUUUACUCAGAAUAAUUCUUAUACCACAGUGGUAUAUUUGGGGAUGACAUCCUGUUCUUCACUGCCUUAGAGCCUAGGUUAUGUUAACCGCAGCAAACUGCUUUUACCUGCCCCCAUGGGCCUAGAAAGCUCAGUCCCACCUAUGGGGCUGUGUGUCCACUUGCCAGAGCUGGGGCCCAUUAGCUCCAAGACAGGUUCACUCCUUGCCUGGCCCUGACCUGGGGUCAUGACAGCUGAACAAGCCCCAGGCUGGGUUGCCCCGAGGUGAUGAACAGGGAAGUCCCAGUAAGCUCCAGUUCCAGGAAGCAGCACCAUGGGAGAAAGAAGACGGCCCCCAGAUCUCUCUGGGUUGUGUGUCAGAUGGCACUUGGGUGGGGAGGGGUUUGCCACAGGAAGGAGGAGGCCAGGGAAGAUCCCAGGCCUGCACCAAGCCCCAGCGUCCCAGUUCUGACUACACGCAGGGUAAGAGGUUUCCGUUCUGAUCUGGCCAGAGACACAAAGAUGCAGGUACCUGAAAUGCAGGAUCUUUGCCAUGCUGGGUACGUUGUGCUGCUUUACAGCCCAUUCCAUCCGAUCAAAUGCUGUUUGUAACCUUAGUGUUGAAAACUGAAAACGUUGGCCAGGUGUGGUGGCUCACGCCUGUAAUCCCAGCAAUUUGGGAGGCCAAGGUGGGCGGAUCACCUGAGAUCAGGAGUUUGAGACCACCCUGGCCAACAUGGUGAAAUCCCAUCUGUACAAAAAAUACAAAAA